CGGGCGCGGGGCGGGCGCGGGGGUCCGCUCUCAGGCUGCAGCCGGCCGAGCGCGGCUGUGCGCGGGGCAGCGCCCGGCGGGCGGGGGGGCGGUGGCAGCGGCAGCUCCGCAGGGCUCCGCGAGCGCGGAGCAGCAGCAGCAGCAGCAGUGCCGGCAGCAGAACCAGAACAACCACCACCGGCUGCGGCGGAGGAGGAACGGGGCUGUGAGCCCGGCUUGCCGCUCUUCCUGCCGGGGACGUACACACUCGUUCAUGCACGGGCGCUUUUCUUUUUCUCUUUUAAUUCCUCGUGAUUUUUUUCCGUAAUUAUUAUUUUUUCCUUUUUCUAUUUUUUUUUUUUUUUUUUUUUUUGCCUGAGGGGUUUUCGCUCAGCGCCUCGUAACUGCCAAAUCCUACCUGCACUAACUCCUGACCGCCGAACCCGCCGCCACCACCACCACCACGAGUCCUGGAGCCGGGGUUUUCGGGGCUUUGGAGGCGCGCCGCAGCCGCCUCCCCCCUGCCACCACUCCCCCUCUCUCGCCGCCGGUGCACGCUGGCCGUGCCCAGCGCUGAGAGACUUUGUGCGCCGGGCGCGCUAUUUUGCUGAAACGCCGCGAGCAGGCGGAAAGCACUUGUGAACUGCUGGACCACAGCUGCUUCAGGGAGGGGGCAGAUCCGAGGUGGUGAGGAAAAAAAAGCAGAGGGACAUCCUCCCCUCCAAAAAUCCCAAACCCGUAACACACCAAGGAAAAAGCCAACUUGGACGGACGGCUCGCGGUGCGGCUUUUGCAGAAACUCUGUCACUGUGUCUGACCGCGGGCGGCCUCGCCGCUGCCUCCGCCGCCGCCUCGAGGGGGAAGAGGACCGCGCCGCCGGGGACGAGGCGCCGGUGUGGAAAUACAGUGGUGCGCGGAGCGGGACCGCGGCCGCGGGGGGCUGCGCGGCCGGCUGCGCCGCCCCAGUACCGCUGUGAGAAGUUGCGCGCCCUGCCCCGCGCCGGAGCGGCGCUGAGCGCCGGCGAGCCCCGCGCUGCCGCCGCCGCAAUGGUGCAGCAGACCAACACGGCGGAGAACACGGAGGCGCUGCUGGCCGCCGAGACCUCCGACUCCGGGGCCGGCAUCGAGCUGGGCAUCGCCUCCUCCCCCACGCCGGGCUCCACUGCUUCCACGGGGGGGAAGGCGGACGACCCGAGCUGGUGCAAGACGCCCAGCGGACACAUCAAGAGGCCCAUGAACGCCUUCAUGGUGUGGUCGCAGAUCGAGCGGCGGAAGAUCAUGGAGCAGUCCCCCGACAUGCACAAUGCCGAGAUCUCCAAGCGCCUGGGCAAGCGCUGGAAGCUGCUCAAGGACAGCGACAAGAUCCCCUUCAUCCGGGAGGCGGAGCGGCUGCGCCUCAAGCACAUGGCGGACUAUCCCGACUACAAGUACCGGCCCAGGAAGAAGGUGAAGUCGGGCAACAGCUCCGCCAAGCCCGGCGACAAGGCGGACAAGGGCGGCGGGGGCGGCGCCGGCGGGGGCAACGCGGGCGGCGGCACCGGCGGCUCCGCGGCCUCCGCCAAGCCCGCCCCGAAGAAGGGCGGCGGCGGCGGCGGCUCCAAGCCCUCCCCCGCGAGCGGCGGCGCGGGCGGCAAGCCCCACGGCAAGGCAGCGGCGGGCGGCAAAGCUGCCCCCUUCCCGGGGGAACCGCCGGCCGCGCUGCUGCCGCCCGAGCACCAGGCCCUCUACAAGCCCCGGGGGGCGGCGGGCGCGGCCUCUGGUCCCGGCAAGCCGCUGGCCGAGAAGAAGCUGAAGCGGGUCUACAUCUUCGGGAGUGGGCAGGCGGCGGCCGCCUCCGCCUCCCCCGGCGGUGCCGUGCCCGGCAGCCCCACGCUGAGUAGCUCGGCGGAGGCCGGAGACCCCUUGAGCCUCUACGAGGAGGGGGGGGGUGGGGCGGGUCGGCCCGACGGGGACUGCGGCGGCGCUGCCUGCCCCUCGCCCUCCGGCUCGGGCUCUCCCUCGGAUCACCGCAGCUACACCAGCCUGCGCGCCUCCUCCCCAGCCCCCUCGACGGCGCAUUCCUCCUCCGCGUCCUGCCACUCCUCCUCCUCUUCCUCCUCCGGCUCUUCUUCGUCGGACGACGAGUUUGAGGACGACCUCUUAGACCUGAACCCCAGCCCCGGCUUUGAAAGCAUGUCCCUGGGCAGCUUCAGCUCCUCGGUGCUCGACAGGGACCUGGAUUUUAACUUCGAGCCCGGCUCGGGCUCUCACUUUGAGUUCCCGGACUACUGCACGCCGGAGGUAAGUGAGAUGAUCUCGGGUGACUGGCUGGAGUCCAGCAUUUCCAACCUGGUCUUCACGUACUGAGGCAGGAGCCGGGCGCUGCAGGAGGAGGCACCGCCGGGCGCGUUUCUCGAGUUUGUUUUCCUUUUUCUUUUUUUUUUUUUUUUUUUUUUUUUCCCCCCUUUCUCCCCUGCCUUCCCCGGGAAGGGGCUGUUGAGACUGCUGCUGGUGCUCGGGGAGCUGGGCGGCGAGAGCAGGAUCGCCCUCUGCUUGCGGAAAGGCCAGCAGUCCUCUUCCCCCAGCCGGAGACGGACCCGCACAAACACACCCCCCUCCUCCGAUGUUGCUUUUUCAGAGACUGGCGAGAGCGAAAUGCUGCCUUUUCCCUUUUUUAUUUACUGAAAAGAGAGACAAAGAAGGGGGGAGGGAGGGGAGGGGGGAACCGCACACACCUCUGGGUUCUUUGUUAUUGCCCACUUUAUAUGAAUAAAGAGGAGGGGGAGCGAUGCAUUGUGUUAAGCGCACGCUGGAGGUCUUGAGCAUUCGCCCUUUGGCGUGAAAGAGCGAGCUGAACUGCUUGGAAAAACGGAGAGAAAGAAACGAACACAAAAAAAAACACCCAAGCCCUUGCAAGGUUCGCGUCUGGGGGGAGAAAUCCUGUCCCGGUUUCUUAAGCGGUGAGAGGCGACGAUGAUAGGAGGAGGAGACGGAUGGAGCUGGGAGCUGGACUGAGAUCCCGGUUAAGUGGAGAAGAGCCAGACUCACACUUGAGAGUUGUCUUGGAAAUACGGUGGGGGGAAAAUAAUAAUAAACUGAAACGGAUUUGCACGUACGGUUGAGGUGGCGGCAGCGCUUUUCUCGGUCACCUGAUGUCAUAUGUAGAAAGGAAAAAUAAGGCCGAAACUUCAAGAACACUGAAAACUUCUUUGGAAACAGAGACCGAAUGGGAACAGUUUCUGUCGUGAUGUGGUACAGGGAAAACUGAGGGCGACGGCUUUUGCAAAAAAAAAAAAAAAAAAAAAAAAUCCCAAAUACGAAAAUACUGAAAAAAAAAAAAAAGUAGUUUUUUUUCUUCUUACUCAGAAUCGUGAUGGUGUUGGAUUAUUUCACUGGUGGGGUUUAAUAUAGCAUGUUAUCCUGUCUAUCUUUUUAAGAUUUCUGUAAGACUGUUGAACAGUUUAAAAAACCCUAGUGUUAGGAUAAUAUAAAAGCAGAUAGAUGGCGCUAUGUUUGAUUCCUACAAAAAUAUCACCAGCUUUUUUUCAUUCUUAACUCUUUAAAGGAUUCAAACGCAACUCAAAUCUGUGCUGGACUUUUUUUAAAAAAGAAAAGAAAAUUCAGGACCAAAUUUUUUUCUCAGAGUAUGUAUGUGUUUGUUCCUUAUGGCUGUAAAUGAAAAGACUGGUUUUUUCUCACCGAUGCUCCAUCCUCGUGUUGUUUUUCCGUUUUUUUAUUUUUCCUUGUAAAUGUAAUCGGAUGCCAUUUUAUAAGUGGACGUAUUUAUACUGGCCAAACAUUUUUGACUUGUAUUUCUUUGUCCUUUUUUGGUAGUUCUCGUUGUUACCCACACCAUUUUUAUGUCUCCUUCACUGAAGGGCUAGAGUUUUAACUUUUAAUUUUUUAUAUUUAAAUGUAGACUUUUGACACUUUUAAGAAAAAAAAGAAAAAACAAACAAAAAGAGAAGAGAGAUGAAAACGUUUGAUUAUUUUCUCAGUGUAUUUUUGUAAAAAAUAUAUAAAGGGGGUGUAAAUCGGUGUAAAUCGCUGUUUGGAUUUCCUGAUUUUAACAACAGGGCCGCUGGUUAGUAUCUCACCCGCGUGUGCACGCUCACUCACUCUCACGCACCCACGAGUCAGCCCCUUUUGUCCAUGUUUACACUCCAAUCUGCAGGCAUCUUAAAGUGACAGCAUCCCUCGCCGCCUGUGCCCGCUCCGCAGCCCCCCGCCUUUACUGAGGGGGUCCGGAGGGGAGCGGGCAGGGGAGGACUGAGGCGGACACACCGUGUGCCACCGUUCUGGGGAGACACGCCUGUCCCGAAAUGAAGUACAGCAACUGGUGCAUUUACAGAGAAGGGAUCCUGUACCUUUAACUUGUAAACCACAUCUUUUGCACUUUUUUUAGAAGCAAACCCGUGCCGUUUAAACCACUGGAUCUAUCGAAAUGCCGGUUUGAGUUCGCGACACUAUGUACUGCGUUUUUCAUUCUUGUAUUUGACUAUUUAAUCCUUUCUACUUGUCGCUAAAUAUAAUUGUUUUAGUCUCUUAUGGCAUGAUGAUAGCAUAUGUAUUCAGGUUUAUAGCUGUUGUGUUUAAGAUGAAGAAAGUGAAAACAUCUUUGUACAUUUAAGUCUGUAUUAUAAUAAGCAAAAAAGAAGAUUGUGUGUUUAUGUAUGUUAAUAUAACAUGACAGGCACUAGGACGUCUGCCUAAUGAGGUGGUUCCGUUAAGGGUUUAACUUUUUUGUUAUUUUUUUGUUAUUUUUUUGGUCAUCCAUCCUGUGCAAUAUGCUGUGUAGAUUUGUUUUUUUUUUCUUUUUUUAAUCUUAUCUUAACGAUCACCCUCAACGCAAUGUUGGGAAAGAAGAGAGAGAGAAAA